GCGGAAAGUUGAGGGCGGUGGGGUUGCUGCUGUGUCAGAGGCGCGUGAGGGAGGAUGGAGGCGGAGACCCCGGAGGAGCUGAAGCGCCUGCGGCAGAAGCUGGAGGGGCUCCGGGAGAACCUCGUCUGGGCGGCGGUGAGGGAGCCAGGGCUGCGGAAGAGGCAGGUGGGAAAGAAAGGAACCAGCCAACAACUCUGAGUCAUUGCCCUGAAAGGCUAGAAGACCAACAGAGAAGGCCAAGGAGGCCAUUUCUCCACCUUCUCAACAUUUUGGGACAUUUCAGAGCAAAGAUAUUUUAUCAGGAAUAUCCCUCUCCCCCCCCCCCCAGGGUCAUCGUUUGUUGUCUGCCUUUGAGUGGGAAGAAGCCCAAGUGAGGGCAAUGGAGGAGUAAACGUCUUCAACCCCAGAAACAGAAGAGGUUGUGGCCAAAGCUGAAGAAGCCACCAACAUCCUUGAGGUGGACUAUAUGGCCGGGCAACCCAAGUGGGGCGUAUUACAAAACAGGAGAGGGGAAACAUUCAGAACAGGGGAACCAUGCUGGGAAAAUGACAAGAAGGACGUUCGGAGGACACUGCAACCCAUUCACACAAGAGGGGAGAACCCAGAGAUGGCUGAGACAUCCCAAUGGGAUGAUACCAAGGCCUUCCUGGCCUCCUUUGAGAAAGUGGCCCAAGCCUGCCAAUGGCCUCGAGAAGAGUGGGCAGCCCGGCUUUUGCCAGCUCUCAGUGGUGAAGCCAAAGAGGCAUAUCAUGCUCUGGAAAUCAGAGACAAAGAGGACUAUGGGAAAGUGAAGGCCGCCAUAUUGCAAGGUGACACCUGGAGAAUGGAAAUGCGGCGCCAACACUUCCGAGAGUUUCGCUGCCAGAGGGUGGAGGAUCCCCAAAGGAUUCACAGCCAAGUCCAGGAGCUUUGCCACCGGUGGCUGAAGCCGGAGAGACAAAGUAAGGAUCAGAUCCUGGAGCUGUUGAUCCUGGAACAAUUCCUGGCCAGUCUCCCCCCAGAUCUGCAAAGUUGGAUCCGAGCCGGAGGGCCAGACACCUGCUCUCAGGCCGUGGCUUUGGUGGAGGACUUCAUGAUGAGAAUGGAAGAGGCAGGAAAGGGGAAGAAGAUUCAGAGGCCAUUGAGGGAGGAGGGCAUAGAGAUGCUGGAUGCAGGGGAGCAACCCUUGAAUGCUUCAAAUGAGCAGGUCUGCAAAGAAACCCCAAAAGACAGUGACAUGGAGGUCAAUCUGCUUGGCAGUGGAAACAAGUGGCCAUGUCACCCCAGUUCAUCGCUUCUUGAACAACAAGGAAUGGUAGAAGCUGGGCUGAGAAAGAGGGCAGUGAACCGUAAAGAAGCAAGUGGGGUGGCUUGGCUUGUAGCGGCACAGACUGAGGUUCGGCCCAGCCCAAAGACCAUGUUUUGGGAAGUACAGCAGGAGAACAACAGAAAUGUAAUUUCUCUGGGUGAUGGGAAGGAAACUCAGGUCAAGACAGGGAAUCCUCAAUUGGGAAUAUAUAAGCCAGGGGAGAUCUCCAGGCCUCCCCCACAAAAAAGCCAAGAUGAUGUGAUGGUGAAGGAGGAGAUGAAAAAACAAAGAUGUGAAUUGGAUGAGCAACAAAGGAAGCAGUCGAUGGAGAGGAAGACUGAGUGCAAUGAGCUCCCCAACAAUCAUACAGCUACCACUAUUGCAAAUUUCACAACACACACAAAGGAGAAAAUGCCCUUGUUCUCCAAGUAUGGUCGAAAAUAUCGCUACAUGUCAGAAUUUGAAACGAUCCUUGCUAUCGAAGCCCACAGUGAAUGUCCUAUGUCAGAGGGGACCUUUCAACAAAAUUCCUGUUUGGAUGAAACCCUGAAAACUCUAAGAGGAGAGAGAAGAUCGGAGUUUGCCGAGAAUGAGGAAGAAGACAUAGAGAGACAGCUAAGGAAUCGGGAAGAAGAGGCAACGACUGACUCUGAUCAAUUUGGGAUGAGAUUUAGUUAUGCAGAAACACUCCAGAUAAAUCAAGGAAAGCAGAGCGAAGUGAAACCAUACCAGUGUUGGCAGUGUGGGAAGCACUUCAAACACAGACUCUCUCUGCGUAGACAUGAGAGAAUUCAUACUGCAGACAAGCCGUUCGAAUGUCCUCACUGCAGCAAAUGCUUUAGUCACAAAAGAGAUUUUAACAGACAUGAGCUCACCCAUACGCGGGAGAAGCCUUUCCAGUGCUCCGAGUGUGGGAAGAAGUUUUGCCGGAAGGAUCACUUGGUUCUCCAUCAAAGAUCUCACAGAAGACAGAAACCCUCCGAAUGCCUUUAAUGGAGGAAAUGGGUUUGAUCAGAAAGGUAAAUUUCAUGGGCAUCAGAGCGGCUUCCACAAACAAGAGGGACAGGUGCGAUACUCUGUGGUUAGCAGUGAUGGUUUCAAGGUGGUUCCUUUUGAGAAAUGUGAAGAUUCCUCCACUUCUGCAUAAUCACUUUGUUGCUGUUGUGUGCCUUCAAGAUCAACUUAUGGCAACCCUAUGGUGACUCUACUAUGGGUUUUUCUGAGACUGAGUGUAUGACUCACCCAGUGGGUUUCCAUGGCUGAGCAGGGACUCGAACCCUUGUCCACCGAAUCAUGGGAGUUUAUCCCAUGGGGUUUAUUCCAUACAGAAACAGGAUUUAAAAUGGGAAUAUCCCACAAAAGCGGGAUUGUUUUGACAUGAUGUCAGAAAUUAAUGCGCACAGAAAGUAGGCAAAUCCUGCAAAAGCAGAAUUGUUUUCGCACGACCUCGGGGGCAUUGAGAUUUAAGCCGGCAUUAAGCCGCACAGAAAGUGAACACAAUCAGCUGCUUUUUACUUUCGGGAUUUUCCCGAAAGGAUGUAAACAUUAGCCAAUUUUGUCCAGGUUUUCUGCAGGCUAUUUUUGUGUUAAUAUUCAGUGCUCCGAAUGAAUCUGAAAAUGAUCCUGCUUUUCCGGGAUUUAAAUCCUGUGUCUGAAUGGGAUUUAGGCACUUAGCCUCCUGUGUGAUAAUCUCUAUAGUUCAGUGUUCAAACCACUACAGAACCACUAGCAUCUCUUCUAAACUGGCCUGUUAUCAAGUGCCCUUUACUCAUUCCUUUUUUUUUUUUUAAUCUGUCUUUUGCUCUUGACAACUAGCUGACCACCAUGGAGGAAUCUUGCAGGGAAUUCAAUUAACUGGCCAGGCCUCUAGUUUCUGAUCAGAGCUUGGGAAAGUGACUUUUUUGAACAACUCUGAUAAUGUUCAGAAUCUACUGUCUGAAGCUCAUGUUAGUGAGGUUGUGAAUCUGUUCUGGGUUUUAGUCCAGACUUGUGAGGAAGUUGCCCAAGAUACUGAUCAUCUUUUGGGUGUUGGCUCAGUAGCUCCUUUAAACUUCAUACUAAAACACAAACUGGAUUUGCUGCUUUAAUGAUACUGGAGAUGCCACUGAGACAGGUGUGCUUCCUUCACCCCAUCUCAUUAUUUAUUUCAUUUCCUUCAUGUCCCUUUUUCUGUGGACCAAAAAAAGCCCUUUUAAUUCUUCUUAACCUCUCUAGAAGCCUGAGCUGAUUCUACACUUUAGCCUUUCUGACUUUCCCCCUACAUGUCAUGCUUGCUAUUUGUUUGGAUUCUUCUUUGGUGAUUCCCCCCAUUUCCAUUUCUUGUACAUGUUCUUUUUUGAGACUUAGCUCAGUUGACAUCCAUCCUGGUUUCUUUAUGCAGCUCCCAUUUUUCCUUCUUAUCAAAACUUUUUGAAACUGUGCCUUCAAUAUCUCCUGUCUCUGCGUACCAGGGAUAACAUGUACCAGUCCUUUGUUACCAGCCUUCAUACACAAAAUCUAACAUCUGACAUCUAGCCCAGUGAUUCCCAAACUCUGGUUCUCCAGGUGUUUUGGACUUCAGCUCCCAGAAGCCUCAGCUAUCUUGACCAGUUAUCUGGGAUUCUGGGAGCCAAAGUCCAAAACUCCUGGAUGGGGAGAGUUUGGGAAUCACUGGCCUCUAGCCUUUAAUUCUAAUCCUCCAGCUGGUAUGGGCAGUGGCUAGAAAAGUAAUUUUUCACACUCUCUUUCUGAUCUCUGCUACAAAACAGUGUUUUAAAAUUUACAUUUUUAAAGCUAUUUUUUAAAGCUUUAGUUGUAAUUUUAUCUCCUGAGCAAUAAAUAGUCUUUUUUCUAGGUAGGAUCUAGUUAGCAUUCUCCCCUACCAAUUUAGCCUUCUCCAAGUGUGUUAGAAUACAGCUUGUACACAUUCCAUAAACCACAGUGACUGGGGAUGAAGGGAAUUGUAGUCCACCACAGCCUGAUGACACCAGUUUGGGAAAGGCCCUCUUAACCCUGCUGAACUAAAAAGGUAAUACCCUUUUUAGAUUGAUUUGGAUGUUAGUUAUGAAUAAACCUGUUUUGGAUUAAA